CGCCUGGUAACCCCUCCCUGUCCGGGCCUCCCGGCUUAGCACGCGGGCGGGGCCAACCCGCUGACCCCCAGGCCGUCUCCAGGCCUCCGCCCUCCAGGCCCUUCCGGAUCCCCGCCCCCGGAUUCCCUGGGGACCUGGGAGACAGCAGGGGUCCCGAGGUCUCCGCCCCCCAGCCCCUAGCCCCUCGGGCAGAGCCGACCAGCCCUCCCUCCCCACUUCCGCGAGGGGGCAGAGGCGGGGUCACGAAAUAGGCCCUCUGCCUGGGGGAGGGACUUUUCCUAAGGGGCAAGGCCAAGGCAUCCCGAAUUGCGGCUGGCAGGGGACAAGGCGGCGAGUUAUUAAGGCUGGGGAUGGGAGGCUGCCCAGGGUAUUGGGGUCAGGGUGGCAUUAGCCCAGCUCAAGCCGAGCUGGGCUGACUCAGCAUCCUGCCCCGGCCAAUCCCCAGCCCUGACAGCUCUGCUCUCCCUUGGGUAGAGAUGGGAGAUGGCGCCGGUGUUGCCCCUGGUGCUGCCCCUCCAGCCCCGCAUCCGUCUGGCACAGGGGCUCUGGCUCCUCUCCUGGCUUCUGGCGCUGGCUGGUGGCCUCACCCUCCUCUGUAGCGGGCAUCUCCUGGUCCAGCUGUGGCACCUUGGCACCUUCCUGGCUCCCUCCUGCCCAUUUGCUGCCCUGCCUCAGGUUGCCCUGGCAGCCGGUGCAGUGGCUCUGGGCACAGGACUGGUGGGUGCAGGAGCCAGCAGGGCCAGUCUGGAUGCAGCUCAAUACCCUCCCUGGCGAGGGGUCCUGGGCCCACUGCUGGUGGCUAGCACUGCUGGGGGCGGGGGGCUCCUGGUCCUUGCCCUGGGGCUAGCCCUGGCUCUACCUGGGAGUCUGGACAUAGGGCUGGAGGAGGGCCUGGCGACUGCCUUGGCUCACUACAAGGACACAGAGGUGCCUGGACACUGUCAUGCCAAACGGCUGUUGGAUGAGCUGCAGCUCAGGUACCACUGCUGCGGACGCCAUGGGUACAAGGAUUGGUUUGGGAUCCAGUGGGUCAGCAGCCGUUACCUGGAUCCCAAUGACCAGGACGUGGUUGACAUCUCCCCAGGCCUCUUAUCUCCAGACAUCCUAACACCCUGGCCCUCCCUUUGCAGCCGGAUCCAGAGCAAUGUGGAAGGCCUAUAUCUGAUUGACGGGGUCCCUUUCUCUUGCUGCAACCCCCACUCACCCAGGCCUUGCCUGCAAAGCCAGCUCUCAGACCCACAUGCUCACCCCCUCUUCGAUCCCCGACAACCCAACCUAAAUCUCUGGGACCAAGGAUGCCAUGGUGUGCUGCUGGGGCAGCUGCAAGGGUUGGCAAGCACACUGGGCAGCAUGCUGGCUGUCACCUUUGUGCUGCAGACUCUGGUGCUCCUGGGCCUGCGGUACUUGCAAACAGCACUGGAGGGGCUUGGAGGAGUCAUCAAUGGGGAGGGAGAAACACAGGGCUAUCUCUUUCCUAGUGGGCUGAAAGGCAUGCUGAAAACAGCAUGGCUAAAGGGAGGGGUUGCCCACAGGCCAGCACCUGAGGAGGCCCCAUCACUAGAGGCCCCUCCUAAGGAGGGUCUACCUGAGGCCUAGUGGCCUAGAGCUUGGGGUGGGCAUUGGGAGGGGGGGAAGGGGAGGGAUGGACAAGACAGGAAACCUCACAACUCCUUACCAAGGCUCUCGGGGAGGGGGGGCCCUGGGAUUAGAGGGGUUAAAGAUAGUCAGUGAGCUGGACGGGGGUAGGAGAGAAAACCUGGUAUCCUAGAGCCCAGCCCCUGUGGCCGAACCACCAGGGAACAGAGGAAAACAGGGCGAUGACAAGGACUGGAGAUUGCUUCUGGUGCACAGACUCAAUAAAGCUUUUGGACUGAA